UGGCCCCACCUGGUCGAGUAGGGGGAGGACUUGGGAGCAGUUGAGCCAGGAACUUUUCCGAAUAACCCCUUCCUCCUCGUCGUUGCCCUAGGCUUCUGAUCCUCUCCGGCCAUGGCGACCGCCGGCGAUUCCGCCUCCCUCCCCCCCUCCGCCUCUCCCUUCUCAUCCGCCCGCGCGCUCGAGUCGGUCCCCUUCUCCUCCGGGAACCCCCGCAUCGAGGAGACCCGCGGCGUCGUCCUCCUCCACCCCGACCCACCCGCCGCUGCCGCUGCCGCGGCCGCCGCCUCCUCCUCGUCAUCUCAUCUUCCGGCAGAGAGGAAGCCGCAGGUGUUCGUGCCUGCGGUGCCCAACCACAUGACCUACGCGGACUUCUGCCGAUUCUGCGGCUCCUUCGUCCCCCACAUGCUCGAGAUGCGCAUCGUCAGGAUUGAUGGAGCGGAGGACCAGUAUAGCGUUCUCAUAAAGUUUGACACCCUGAGCUCCACCGAUAGCUUCUACAAGCACUUCAAUGGAAAGCAGUUCUCAUCACUGGAGGGUGAUGUUUCUCGUGUACGUUUUGUGGAAGACGUGCACUACACUCAAUUGAUCGAGCAUGCCCAUAGCUCGAUUACGAGCUCAGCUGAGCAGCCUACCUGCCCAGUAUGUCUAGAGCGACUUGACCAAGAUCCUGGAGGCAUUCUUACUACAAUAUGCAACCAUUCUUUCCACUGUUCAUGCAUAUCAAAAUGGACAGACUCUUCGUGCCCAGUUUGUAGGUAUUGUCAGCAGCAACCUGAGAAAUCAAUGUGUUCUGUUUGUGGAACUUCGGAAAAUCUUUGGAUUUGUCUAAUCUGUGGUAAUGUUGGCUGUGGAAGGUACAAAGGUGGUCAUGCUAUUGAACACUGGAAAGAAACUGAACACUGCUAUUCACUUGAAUUAGAAACACAGAAGGUUUGGGAUUAUGCUGGUGACAACUAUGUCCAUCGUUUGAUUCAGUCCAAAACAGAUGGUAAACUGGUUGAGUACAAUUGCUAUGGUGGUCAUGAAGCAGAUGGUAUCUGUUCAAUAUGCAGUGGUGAUGCAGGAAUGGAUGAAGCUCUACUAAACAGUAAAGUUGAAGCUAUUGUUGAAGAGUACAAUGAUCUCCUCACGUCUCAGCUUGACAAACAAAGAAAUUACUAUGAGUCACUUCUGUCAGAAGUCAAAGAGGAGAAUGAGAAAGAAAUAUCUGCAGCCACUUCGAAAGCUGUGAGCAUGAUGAAACUCCAAAAGUUACAGGCAAAGCUUGAUAAGUGCCUUGAAGAGAAAAGUUUUCUUGAUGAUAUCAAUGCCAAUCUUGUGAAAAAUCAGGAGAUGUGGAAAGAAAGGGUUCGGAAAGUUCAAGAAAGGGAACAAGCUGCACUUAAAUUGAAAGAUGAGAAGAUUGAGAAGCUGGAGGCGGAGCUAAGAGAUUUGAUAGCCCAUAUCGAGUGCCAAAACGCUGUGGCAGCAGCUCCUGGAUCAAUCUCAAGUGAUAUACAAGGGGGCACAAUUCUUCCUGGACCGUCUACACCAUCCUCGAGCAGCAGCCCUGUUCGCCCCACAAAGGACAGGAAGCGGAAUUGAGAUCUGCUUACCCUGACUAGAUUUAAAGGAUCUGCUUACACUUUAGACUGUUAGGGUACAUUCUUAUCCCAAUUCUCCACCCUUUGCUACUCUGUGAUUUGUUCUCAAGUCCAUGUCCAUUGGGCUCUUAUGAAUAGAAAGUUACCUGUUGCC